CUCUCUCCCUCCCCCUCCCCUGUUCAUUAUCUUCUCUCACGGCCGUUGGCGGGCGGCGGCGGCGGCGGCGCAGAGCUACGAGGGCGGUGGCGGCGCGGAGCUGCGAAAUCGACGACUACGGCGGCAGCGGCUGCGUGGAGCUGUAAGGGCGGCGGCUGCGGCGGCGGCGUGGAGCUGCGAGGGCAGUGGCGGCGGGGAGCUGGUGCGAGGGCGGCAGCUGCGGCAUCGGCGGCGCGGAGCUGCGAAAUCGACAGCUACGGCGGCAGCGUAGAGCUGCGAGGGCGGCUGCGGUUGCGUGGAGCUGCGAGGGCGGCGGCUGCGGUGGCGGCGUGGAGCCGCGAGGGCGGUGGCGGCGGGGAGUUGGUGCGAGGGCGGCGACGCUGCGAAUCACGAGCUUGUUGCCUCGCUCAGAAGUGGCCGACCUCGCCGGAGCCAUACGCGCGGGGAGGAGUCAUCCCUAUGCGCUCGCGCCGCCACCGCUUGGUCGAGGACGAGGUCGAGCUCAAGCUCUACAUCCGCCGCCGCCUCGUCGAGCUUGAGUUCCUCAUCCCCAAGCAGCUCGAGUUCCACCGGCGAGCUCGAACAUGGAGAAGAUGGAGUUAUGGAGCUCCUGGAGCCGGCAGAAGAGGUAGACCUUUGAGCUCGUGCUCGCCGGCGGUCGGCACGGAAGGGAAGGCUGGGGAUGUGCUUGAGCUCCGUCGCCGCAACGAGUCCCCUGCUCCACGGCCACCGAUCUCCUGCUCAGCUCCACCGCUGCUCUCUGUCUGGGAGGAAGAAGGAUAGAGAAAGAAAGGGAAGAGGAGAUGGGGGAAGAAGUGGCCACUAACGUGUGGCUCUAAUUUUUAUUUUUAGUUUUAUUUGCUGAGUAGACUUCCACAUCAUUGCCACAUAGAUGAAAACCAGCUGAAAAACCACUUGAGGGUGUAAAGUGAACGGUAUUGAAAGUUGGAGGGGGUGAAAUAUCUGGUUUUAAAGUUUUGGGUGUAUUUUAGACAAGACAAAUAGUUGGAGGGUGUAAAAUGGACUUAUCCCUAUAAUGUAUGACAAGUGGGUCUCACUAUUUUUUAAAAAAUAAAAUGCUGACUGAAUUACCACGUGUA